AUGUACGUUCCUGGCAACCCUAUGACUCAAACCAAGGCGAAUCCCCAGGCGUGCUGUAACACAUGCGCGGCCACGCCCCUCUGCUCGUACUGGCAGUACGUCCCCGAUAUAACCAUCGACGGGAAGAGGGGCAAGGGCGCAUGCUUCCUCCUCCACGAUAAAAUCGACUACACCUGUGGAGAAAUGACAGCGCAGUUCUCGACGGAAACGAAGCCCGUGCAUUUGCAGGUGCGAGUCGGCGGCGAGUGCAACCCGUCGGCAAAAGUUCUCAACGACCCGCAUCUGGUGGGCGCGCACGGCACGGACUUCGACUUCAACGGGCGGCCCGACAAGGCGUUCUGCCUGCUCACGGACCGCAACCUGCACGUCAACAUGCUGCUGCGCGGCUACUACUCGGAUAACACGGAGAACGCGGCGCUCGUGGUUGAUGGCAAGGCCGUCCACACCUGGAUCAAGGAGCUCGGGAUUAUCUGGACUGCCGACGGCGUUGACCACAAGCUUCGUCUCGCGGCGCGCGGCGGAAAGCAGCAGGAGCGCGGCGACGGGUUCAUGAAGGCCAUCGAGAUCGACGGCAUGAUGAUCCCCCGCAUGCAGCUCGGCGACGUGGUUACCAGCGCUGGUGGACUUGCGAUCGAAUUUCGCGCGCACGAAAUGGAGGGGCCGUUCGCCGUGGAUUACUACCACCUCCCCUCCUCUCGUCGCGCCUCCCCUGGUCACGCUACCCCACCCAUCGUCGCGCCUCCCCUCGUCGCGCCUCCACUCCGCUCGGCGCGCCUCCCCUCCGCUCGACACGCCUCCCCUCCUUACGCCUUCUGCGGCUCCCCUCCCCUCUUCGCGACCCCUCGUCCCCUGUCGCGCCUCCCCUUCCAUCGUCCCCUGUCGCGCCUCCUCUCGCCGUGCCUCUCCUCCCAUAGUCGCGCGCACAUCCGUCGCACCUCCUCUCCCCUCGCCGCGCUUCCCCUCCCCUCGUCGUACCUCAUCUCCCGUCGUCGCGCCUCAUCUGUAGAAUGCCGUUCUCUUCAAAACCUCCUAUACCCAUUUCAAUCUACGUAUCUACCUCGCUGUAACCGCCUAUAUCCGCUACCCUGUCGCUGUCUCGCAAGCCGCAUCUCUGCAGUUCUGCAGGGAUCGAGCUACUUGGGAGCCGAAUCCUCUCUCUCUCCCCGCUCCUCCCGUCCUUCUCCCCAACCCCCCUUCCUCUUUCUCUCACCCCCUUCCCCUCUAGCAUUCCACCGCGCAAUGGAUCCAUUCAAAGGCGGCUCCAAAGGCGCGACGGCAGUGGCAGCAGCGGCGGGGAGGAGAGGGUCGCUGAGGCAACGCAAGGUGGCAGCAGAUGUGGUGGCUGUGAUGCUGGAUGAAGGCACGCGGAAACGAGCAGCAGCAGCACGAUUAGAAGCACUGGAGAGUGAUUAUACCGGGGUGGAUGCUGCUGUGGAUGAGGACGAUCAUGUGUUCAAUGCAGAGGAGGAGCUCGUGCAAGAAGGUUUCGCACCGGCCAAGCGAGUGAGCCGGCCAGGCAAGAGGCGAACGAGGCAAUCUGCUGCAGCGGUGGUGAGCCGAGCGAGCAAGCGCACUCCCAAGACCUUUGCAGAGCUGCUAGAGGAG